GAAAAUCCUAGACUACCAUUGUUGAUAGUUUUGAAUGACAAUUGUCAACUGUCACUUAUUGUAGCGUCAUUUUGUACGCAGUCGGUCUUCAUCUUCGAUUUCUUCGAUUUUUUCAAUAGUGAAGACUUGCCAAAAGGUUCCACAGCAUCAAAGUGAGAAAUUCGAUCAACGAAGAUAUUUUAACAGUUAUUGAUAAAGAAAUAACCUUCUGAAAUGGAUCAAUCUUUAAACAACCCACAAUUACAACCACAUCCAGUUACAAAAAGAAGAUACUUACAAAUGGAUCAACGUUCAGUUGAAAUGGAAACUGCAUCAUUUGGAACAAUGUCCCAAAUUUCGCAGUCAAAGAAGCCACGUUUAGGAGAUUCCCCACCAUUUAUUGAGAAUGUCGAUUCAAUUGUAAUGGCAAAUAAUAGUCAACCACAGUUGCCAAUGGUUACACCACUGCAACGCCCAUGGGCGAAAAGAACACAUUGGGAAAUGGAGACAGAUCAAUGGCCAGUUUCUAAUACACCGGCUACAACGGAAGUUGAAGUGGAGACUCAAAGAUUUGGAACAAUACAUGCGCCUCCGUUGCAAAAGAAACCCCGCAUCGAGAUUUCCCAACCAUUUGGUGGUAAUAAUCCAAACCAAAUAAGAGAUUGUGGAACUUUUAAAAUUAUUAAUAAUGUUGUCUCAUGGAAUGAAAACAUUGUCGACGUACCUUACAACCCCAUGCUAGACAUAGCCAACGACGAAUAUAUGAUGUACGUUAAUGAUGACAUUUAAUUUAUAUAUUCAAUCUUUUAAUUUGUAAUAUUUAAAUUAGUAUUUAAUAAUUAAUUUGAAAUAUA